UAUAAGCUCGGGCCCUUCAUACUCUUAGUACGCUGCUGAAUCAUGCUGAAAGGCAUUUUUAGAUUAUCGGCACACCAGCAUCAGGAGAGAUGACACCAGCGCUGUGAUGUGCUGUGGUGGAGAGCGUGGAACUCAAGCCAUUGUGCAAACGCAUCAGUCUCCUCGAUUUCAUAGCGACGACUUCAUUUACAUUUUAUGAGACGAGAGAACGACCUUUCCGUCCGGUUUUUUUUUUAAAUUGUUCCUUAUAAAAUUCCGCUGUGGGGGAUAUUGCCAGAUUUUGCAAUUUCGCUUUUGAAACAUGCUAAAAAUACGUUCAAAAGCAAGAAAUUUCUUUUUUCAAUUUCCAAACAACGCUUGACGAGACGAUAAAUUUACUUCCCCUGAUUACGAAAUUUAUAAUAAUUAUAUGUUUUUUUCAUUAUUGUGCCUGAAAAACGGGAAAAACUAUCUAAUAGUUCACCUACUCUCCGUUGGUGGCGCCAGUUUGUCUCCUGCGCACCCAUAGAAGGCAUCACGUAUCGUUUCCUAUGCUUCAGUAUUUGCGCUUGGUUUGUUUCCAAUGCGCAUGCGCAACAAAUGAAUUUGAAAACCAAGCACACGAAACGUCGUUCAACCGUCGUUUAAUCACGUUCAAUCGCGUUUAACCUUUGCCGAAGUAACCUGGCAUUCAUUCUAUAAUCUUUGGACAGGAAAUAUGUUCACACGUCAGAUGAUAGUUUUGUUAUUGUGAAAGUAUUAGGUAAUUUGAUGGUAAACAAUUUGAGUUUGUAGACAGUUGAUGCGUGUGACUGCGAGGGAUUUUAUUUUAUUAUUAUAGACGAAAAGAUGGAAUCACGUUUGCCUAAACCAAAAAUUGUUUUGACAGACUCUAUUAAUUUUAAAUCAACUAAUACUUCAGACAUGAAUAAGAUAAAAGCUUUCAAAAGUGGUGACGAACAGUCUCAUUCGAAUAUCAAUAAUGCAUCUGAAAUGUUGAAAAAGACACAAAGUGUAGUGAACCUUGAUUUAAAAAGUACCAUAAAAAAUAAACCUGUGACGAAGGAGAACCUCGCUAGAUCGAAAACGAUGUCGUCGAUAACAACUAGGAUUUUGAAAAGACCAGCUACUACAAACAUUGUACAUGCAGCAGUUAAAAAGCCAUUUAUUAAACCUGUUUCUAAGCCAGGAGCUGUACAACAGAAUGCUACAGCAACAGGCAAGAUUGUUAAUAGCACUGUACCAGUUACAGCAGAUAAAAAAACACAAAGUAACUGUACAACCAAACCAAAUAAGUGGGAUAUUAAGGGUCGCUUGGCCUACACAACCAAUGAAUUAUCUACCUUACGAGGAAAGUAUAAAGAUACAGCAUUGAAACUUAACGUGCUACAGGAACAGGUGAAUACUUCAGAAGCAAAUACAAAUGUGUAUAAGUUAAAGAUAGAAGAAUAUGAAACUUUAAACAAGAGAUUAGAUGAUGAACUCAAGGAAUUGAAAGUAGCAAUGAGUACUAUAGAAGAAGAAAGAAAGAAUUUGAAUAAACGUUUGUUGGAAUCCAAAGAAUCAUUUAAUUCUGUCUCAAAAUGUUUAGAAGAAUUUAAACAAAAGUGUUUGUCUCAAGAAGCAUUACUAUUGAAGAAUACAUCUAUCAUAGAAAAUCAACAAACAGAUUUGGAAAAGCAGGAAAGAAUUAUCAAAGAAUUAAGUACAGUCAAUAGUGAAUUACAGUCUCUAGUUCAUACAAUGGACAAGGAUCGUAGAUGUCUACAUAAUGCGAUACAGGAAUUAAAAGGAAAUAUUCGAGUAUUUUGCCGGGUGCGUCCUAGAACUUCAAGUGAAAUCCAGAAAGGAAAAACGAUGUGUAUAAUGAACUUCGUUGAUGAGUCCACUAUCGAGGUGGGUAAGUUAGAUGGUUCUGAUGCAAUGAGUUGUAGUGGAAAGCUAAGAGGAAUGCGACAAGAAUUUUCCUUCGACAAAGUUUUUCCACCUAAUACCAGCCAACAAGAUGUCUUCGAAGAGUUAGCUCUUUUAGUUCAGUCUGCUUUAGAAGGAUAUAAUGUUUGUGUAUUUGCAUAUGGUCAGACUGGUUCAGGUAAAACUUUUACGAUGGAAGGUUCACCUGGAACUGAUACAGAGGGCAUGAUACCUAGAACGGUACGACACAUAUUCAAAGAAAUGAAGCAAUUCCAAUUACUUGGCUGGGAGUACCGAAUUGAAGCUAGUUUCCUUGAGAUUUAUAAUGAGCAUAUCGUUGAUUUACUUGAUUCUCAAGUAAAAACACAUGAAAUCCGUAUGACUGAUAGUAAAGGACACGAUUUAUAUGUUAGCAAUCUUAAAAUUGAGGAAAUACAUAGUCCUGAAGAACUGCACGAAUGCCUUCUAACCGCCCAACGUAAUAGAGCAGUCGCGGCUACUUUAUCCAAUGAACGAUCAUCGAGAUCGCAUUCGGUAACGAGAAUAAAACUUAUCGGUUUGCAUAAAGGGAAAGAAGAAGUUUCGAUAGGAAAUUUGAAUUUAGUAGAUUUAGCGGGUUCUGAAAGACUGAAAGCAGAGGAAUCAGCUCGAAUUGCCGAAACAAAAAAUAUUAACAAAUCGCUAGCGAAUUUAGAAAAUGGAUAA